AUGACCGCCCCGGUGGUGAGUGGCACCCCUCCGGGAGACCCCCUCUUCCCCAGCGUGGCCCCUCAGGACUCCUGGAGGUCGCAGGUCUCGGGCUCUGUGGGCUCCGUGACCCGGCACCUCAGCCACAGAGCCAACAACUUCAAGCGCCACCCCAAGAGGAGGAAGUACAUCGGGCCCUCACCGCCCCCGCCCCCCAACACCCCCUGUCCGAUCGAGCUGGUGGACUUCGGGGAGCUGCACCCCCAGAGGUCCCUGCGUGAGCUGCUCUUCAACGGCUGCAUCCUGUUUGGCAUCGAGUUCAGCUACGCCAUGGAGACGGCGUACGUGACCCCCGUUCUCCUGCAGAUGGGCCUGCCUGACCAGCUCUACAGCCUGGUGUGGUUUAUCAGCCCCAUCCUCGGAUUCCUGCUGCAGCCGCUGCUGGGUGCUUGGAGUGACCGGUGUGCCUCCAGGUUUGGAAGGAGACGCCCUUUCAUACUUGUCCUGGCUAUAGGGGCGCUGCUGGGCCUCUCGCUCUUGCUGAAUGGAAGGGACAUCGGCGCGGCCCUGGCCGACACGGCCACCAGCCACAAGUGGGGCAUCCUCCUGACGGUGUGUGGAGUGGUGCUGAUGGACUUCAGUGCCGACUCGGCUGACAACCCCAGCCAUGCCUACAUGAUGGACGUGUGCGGCCCAGUGGACCAGGACCGGGGCCUGAACAUACACGCCCUCUUGGCAGGUCUCGGAGGAGGUUUUGGCUAUGUGGUCGGGGGCGUCCACUGGGACAAGACCCGCUUCGGGAGGGCCCUGGGCGGCCAGCUCCGCGUCAUCUACAUCUUUACCGCCAUCACCCUGAGCGUCUCCACCGUCCUGACGCUGGUCAGCAUCCCGGAACGUCCCCUGCGGCCGCCGGGCGAGAGGAGGGCGGCCAUGAAGAGUCCCAGCCUGCCUCUGCCACCGUCCCCGCCCGUGCCACCCGAGCAAGGCUCCAGCGAGCCCCUUCCCUCGCACCCGGCCACCAGCUUCUACGCCAGCUUCUCCAGCCCCAUCUCGCCCCUGAGCCCCCUCACGCCCAAGUACGGCAGCUUCCUCAGCAGGGACAGCUCCCUGACGGGCAUCAACGAGUUCGCCUCAUCCUUCGGCACCUCCAACAUAGACAGCGUCCUCAUUGACUGCUUCACGGCCGGCCAGGACGAAUACUUGGCCCUGCCCGGCAGCGUGCCGCGGCAGCCCGUCAGCGUCAGCUUCCCCCAGGCCCCUGACAGCUUCUACUGCCAGGACCGGGGCCUCCUGGCCCGGAGAGAGGGCAGCGCCCUGACCUCGGAUGGAGACGUGCUAAGGGUGGGCUCGCUGGAUGCCCCCAAGCCACGGGCGUCUGGGAUCCUCAAGAGACCCCAGAGCCUGGCUCUCCCAGACACGGCUGGAGGAAGUGGGCCAGAAACCAGCCGGAGGAGGAAUGUCACCUUCAGCCAACAGGUGGCCAACAUCCUACUCAACGGCGUGAAGUAUGAGAGCGAGCUGACGGGCUCCGCCGAGCAGGCCGAGCCGCCUCUGUCAGCCAGGCACCUCUGCUCCACCAUCUGCCACAUGCCCCGGGCGCUGCGUAGCCUCUGCGUCAACCACUUCCUGGGCUGGCUGUCGUUCGAGGGGAUGCUGCUCUUUUACACCGACUUCAUGGGGGAGGUGGUGUUCCAGGGGGACCCCAAGGCCCCACACACAUCCGAAGCCUACGAGAAGUACAGCAGUGGCGUCACCAUGGGCUGCUGGGGACUGUGCAUCUAUGCCUUCAGCGCCGCCUUCUACUCAGCCAUCCUGGAGAAGCUGGAGGAGCUCCUGAGCGUGCGCACCCUCUACUUCAUCGCCUAUCUCGCUUUCGGCCUGGGCACGGGGCUGGCCACGCUCUCCAGGAACCUCUAUGUGGUCCUGUCGCUGUGUGUGACCUAUGGUGUCCUGUUCUCCACGCUGUGCACCCUGCCCUACUCGCUGCUCUGCGACUACUACCAGAACAAGAAGUUUGCAGGGUCCAGCGCGGAUGGUACCCGGCGGGGCAUGGGCAUGGACAUCUCCCUGCUCAGCUGCCAGUACUUCCUGGCCCAGAUUCUAGUCUCCUUGGUCCUGGGGCCCCUGACCUCGGCCGUGGGCAGUGCCAGCGGGGUCAUGUACUUCUCCAGCCUCGUCUCUUUCCUGGGCUGCCUGUACUCUUCCCUGUGUGUCAUCUACGAAAUCCCACCCGGCGACGCAGCCGAUGACGAGCGCCGGCCCCUCCUGCCUGACGCCUGAUGUCUACA